CUUGGCUCGCGAUCGACAGCACGCGUAUUACGAGGACUGUGCCGCCUGUGAUAUACGAACAGUGAAAAGUUCAUGAACUGGGUGUUGAAAUUUGUUUGAACUAUCACGUGAAGCUGACUCCUGAAAAAUCCUUUUUAGGCUCUCUACCUUUAUUAAAAGGACAGGCAGCUAGCGGCGGCGAGUAGCGAGAUAUCGAGAUAACGAAUGCUGCCCCGGCCUGUGCCUCACACCACAAUGCGUAUUUUAUUAAGUUUUAUGAUGGUGGUGUGCGCCGCGCACGCUGCUAAGAAGUUCGAAGGGACCCUGAGAUCAGCCGCGGAUGCCCCACCACAAGACAAUCUAGCCGUUGAGUCAGGUUCACCAGAACCCGCUGUAGUUGUCGCCCCAGAAGAAUAUACAAAUCCAGGAGCACCGCCACCUUCGAAACCUGAAUCCGAACCCGAAGAACCUGAGGAACCAGUAUCAGCGCCAGAAACUGCGUCAGGAGGUGUUCCACCCUCAGCACCUAGUGGGAUAUCUGCCCCAUCAGCACCAGCUAACUCUCUAGAGGAAUGCGAUCCGGAAAAGAUUGGCUUUGAACUCGUUACAGGAUACGUGUUCUCGGCGCCAUCUCACAUUCUAGACGACAUCCCUGGCACACUGAUGCUCACAGAUUGCCUGGAGCAGUGCCAGGCCAACGACACCUGCCGUGCCGUGAACUACGAAACAGGGCUCUGCGUCCUAUUUAGCUCCGACGCCGACCAGUUACCAGGAGCUUUGACAAAGUCCCAAUUCCCGGUGUUCACUAUCUACGCUCAAAAAUCGUGCUUGGGGGUGAAACCAUGCGAGAGAGCUUGGUGUUUCGAUCGCGUACGGGGCUAUAACCUCAAAGGAUUCGGCAAGAGGACGCACACUGUUGAAUCAAGACAAAUGUGCCUGGACUUAUGCUUGGGCGAGAAUGAGUUUGUUUGCAGAUCGGCGAACUACAACAACAAAACGGGUGAUUGCGUUCUUUCUAAUAUGGACCGUCUUACUUUGGCUGGCACCAAUUCAUUCCAACCUAACGAAGAUAUCGACUACUUGGAGAACAACUGUGUGGAAGAGCCUACAAAGCUAUGCGAGUUUAAAAAGAUGAGCGGACGUAUAUUAAAAACGGUCGACUCAGUGUAUCAAGACGUGCAAACGGUCGAAGAAUGCCGCGAGCUAUGUCUUAAUUCGCCUUUCCGCUGCCAUUCCUAUGAUCACGGUGACACGGGUGAUCAUGUGUGUCGUCUUUCUCAUCAUUCUAAAGCUACGCUCGCUGACAUCCAGGACCCUUACUUGGAAGUUCCCGAAGCGGCCACUUUUGAGUUAUCCUCGUGCUACAAUGUAUCUAUUGACUGUCGUGCAGGCGACAUGGUUGCCCGUAUUCAAACAUCGAAAUUGUUUGACGGCAAAAUAUACGCAAAGGGCAGCCCGAACUCGUGUGUAGUUGAUGUUAAGCAAAGCCUCGAAUUCGAAUUGCAUAUGGGUUAUAAUAAUAUUGAGUGCAACGUUAAGCAAAACGGACUCGGCAGAUACUUAAAUGAUGUGGUCAUCCAACAUCACGACACUAUUGUGACAUCUUCCGAUCUUGGAUUAGCCGUGACCUGUCAAUACGACUUGACGAAUAAAACAGUAGCAAAUGAAUUCGACCUUGGAAUUCAUGGAGAUAUCCAGACAGGCAUUUCAGAGGAGGUCAUUGUCGACUCACCGAACGUAGCUAUGAGAAUUACAGACAGAAGCGGCGACGACACUAUUGCUUCAGCGGAAGUUGGAGAUCCAUUGGCACUACGUUUCGAAAUUAUGGACCAGAACUCACCGUUCGAAAUAUUUGUACGAGAACUUGUUGCUAUGGAUGGCGUGGACUCAAGUGAAAUUACACUCAUUGACAGCGAUGGUUGCCCAACCGAUCAUUUCAUCAUGGGACCUUUGUACAAGUCGACUUUGAGCGGAAAGACGCUGUUGUCCCACUUCGAUGCUUUCAAGUUCCCGUCAUCCGAAGUUGUCCAGUUCCGUGCUUUGGUAACACCAUGUAUGCCUACUUGUGAACCAGUACAGUGUGAUGGUGGACCAAACGAACUACGAUCAGUAACAUCAUACGGACGCAGGAAGAGGCGUUCUUCCUCAUCCGCCCCCACAGACGAUAUGCUCCUAGUACAAACUAUCCAAAUUACUGACAAGUUCGGUUUUGACAAGCAGAAAGCAAAGAACGUAACGGAAGACGCAGUUUUCGUGCGUGAAACAGACGUCACUUGCGUUAACGCAUCUGGAGCAAUGUUGGCAGCAGCCGCUUUUAUAGCAGCUCAACUAGUCGUACUCGCGGCGUGGACUUGCAGUUGGCAGCGAAGACGUGCAGCGGCUAAGGCUGCGGAAUUACUUCCCGGACCCAACGCACCAUCUGCUCUUUGUAAAGUCUAUGAUGCUAGUUUUACCCGUGCGCACCAGAGGCACUUUUGAGUAGAUUUAGACAUGUUGACGUAAUUAACGUCUGCAAUAAUAGAUUAUUUCUUUAAUUUAAAUACCCCCGUCGAGUCCAAGGCUCGGAAAGACAACGUUGUUGCCACUAAGACGCGUAAAUCCUUUCCGGAGCAUAAGACGACGACAGCGGUUACUACUUUAAGUGUGAGCGCAACAACUUCUACUGCCAUGUCAGGCAUUCGGAGAGCAAAUUGCGCGACACGGAGACGGGGACGACCUAAAGAGCGUGCGCAAAUGUGGAUGGAUGCUAGGAGUAACGCGUGUGUGUCUGAUGCUAGAGUGUUUGUUGCGAUUGGGUACGCUGGCUUGUCGCCAUCUCUGAGGUCAUAAGCGGGAUACGGGCCGUGGAUCGUCAUCAAGAUCAUGUCGCUUAUUCGUUUACUUUACGUUUGGACACCUUUAGCGGAGUCUAAAUACGUAUUGUACCAUAAUUUUUAAAGUAGGAUAAGCCUAAUUAACAAUUCCAGUACCUUUUAAGUAGAUAACUGAACAUGCGACCUUUAGUCAAGCAACGGUAGAUUGACGGCCAUUCCGACUUCGUAAUUUAUUGAAAUUAGUUUAGUUUUUUAUGUAAUUUAUAUUCGGUUACGAAUAAAUCUAUAUUAUAAAAAAAUCUUAAUUUAAACAAAUAGAUGCUUAUGACUAAAAUGUGCUAUGUUCUACGGUAUAUAAA